AUGAUUUUAUUCUACACUGUUGUUACACUAUGUUUUGCUAUUCAAAAUAAUAAUGACUUACGCCAAAUUCUACAAAGAUCAGAUUUUGUUAUUAAUUCUGCAGAUAAGUUCAUUGAUGACUUUAGAAAUACAUUGAAAAAAUCAACUAUUGCAACUGAAAUGUUUAUUCAAAAAGAACCACCAAAAUUACAUAAGAAAGAACAGAUUAAAAGAAUUCAUUCUAUUCAAAAGAGUCCUACAAAUAGAAAGUAUAUUAAAUCAACUCAACCUCUCAUUACAUCUCAUGAACCAAUGAAAAUAACUUCAUUAAAUCAAAGAAUUACUGAGUUUCCUUAUUUCACACCUAUGUUAAAUGUUAAUGAAUUUACUCAAACAAAAGAUAAAUGUAAUCCUCAUGCUCCUUCUUAUGGGUAUUAUAUCCCUAUUGUUAUUCCUCCAAAGAAAAUGUUAAGAGUAUCAACUUGUAACAAAGACACAACUGUUUUUACCCCAAUAUCUGUUACUUAUAAUGAACAAUGUCUUCAAGUAAUUCAAAGAAAAUGUAGGUUAUGGAAUGGAAAUAUUAUUGAAUAUUUACCAAAAGGUAAUAAAGGAAUGGAGGCAAUUGUACGUGUAGGAGCUUCAAAUGUCAAGAAUGCUACAGUAAGAAUAACUGUUUAUACAGUCCCAAUAACAGAAAAAAAUAAAUUAAAGUUAGAACAAGGUCAUGUCAUGAGAGGUAAUGUUCAACAAUCAACAGUAAAAGUAACAACUAAAGAUGGAGAUAUUGUCCCAAGAAUUGAUUUCAAAAAUAAUACUCAAACUACUCAUACUUCUGAUAAUAUUAUAUCUCAACCAAAUCACACUAUUCAAUUACUAGAAAAAGAUUUUCAUAAAAUGGGUGGUUGGUUUAAGGUAUGUAUUGCUAUUUUGAUUUCUAUUCUUGUAUUAACAGUAGGUGUAAUUAUUUUUGGUUCAUUCCGUGAAUCACAACUUCCUGAACAAUAUUCUCCAUUUUAA